AUGAAUAAAGAUGAUGAUUUAAGAUUAAAAGGAAAUGAUGAGGGAGAAUUGAGAGAUAUAUUUCAAAAACUUGAUAAAAACAAUGACAAUCAAAUAGACGUUGAUGAAUUAUUACAAUACUUAGAAAAAGUUGGGAUAUCACCAUCAAAAAGAUCAGUAAUUGCAAGAAAAAUUCUGGAACAAAGUGGCAGUUCACACGCAAAAACUUUAACGUUCCAACAAUUUGUUGAUUAUAUAUUCAGUCAAGAAGAUAAACUCAGACUUGUGUUUAAAGGAUUAGAUACAAGUCACCAUGGUAAAUUUGAUGUAACUGAUUUGGUAUACUAUUUUAAAAAACUUGGCAUACCUCUUGAUUUGGAUGAAGCUAACAAACUGGUGCAAAAAAUGGAUAGUGAUCAUUCACUCGAAAUAACGUGGAAUGAAUGGAGGUCGUUCAUGUUAUUCACACCAUCUCUGGAAGCACAUGACAUGUUACAAUACUGGAGACACGCAUCGCUUUUAGAUUUGGGUGACGGGAACUUGAUUCCUGAUGAUGCCAGUAUCGGACACGAGAAAUGGUGGAGACAUCUUGUCGCCGGUGCUUUUGCUGGUGCUAUAUCCCGGACUGCUACCGCUCCAUUCGAUCGUUUAAAAAUUAUCAUGCAGUAUCUUGGCUCACGCUCAAAAAUAUCAAUAUUAGGUGGAUAUCGAUAUUUGAUUAAAGAAGGCGGUGUAUUGAGUUUAUGGCGCGGCAAUGGUAUGAAUGUUACUAAAAUUGUACCGGAAACUGCAUUGAGAUUUACCUGUUAUGACGAAAUAAAAAAGCUAUUGAAAAAAAUACAAAAAAAAGAUAUAAAUAUUGAAACAACGAUUGCUGAACGAUUUUUAGCCGGAAGUAUAGCCGGCUUUUUAUCUCAAACUGCCAUUUAUCCACUUGACGCAAUUCGUUUUUGUUUACAACGAACGGGAGAAUAUGCAAAUUGGUUUGAUGCUAUUAAACGGAUUUAUCAUAUGGAAGGACUACGUGCUUUUUGGAGAGGAUAUUUGUUAAAUCAAAUUGGAAUUAUACCAUAUGCUGGCUUUGAUUUGGCAUGCUAUGAAACUUUAAAAAGUUUAUGGAUACAAGCACAUGAUAAUAGAGAACCACCAACGGUGAUCGUUCUGUCGUGUGGUGCAACCAGUUCAUUCACCGGACAAUUAGUUACGUAUCCGAUAUCGCUGAUUCGUACUAGAUUACAAGGCCACGCUGUUCUAUUGAAGCACGAAGCAAGAGAAGUUGUACCCAUACGCCAAAUGUUCCAUGAAGUGUGGAAGAAUGAAGGUAUCGUCGGAUUCUAUCGUGGUUUAGUUCCAAAUAUGAUCAAGGUUGUACCGGCGGUGUCAAUUAGUUAUCUUGUCUAUGAAACAAUUAUAAAAACAAUAUCUAGAAGUGAAAAUCCAAGUCAAACUGUAGCGUAG